AUGGAGAAGAGUUACAUGUCCAUGUUCCUGCUGCUCGUUGCCAUCUCCUGUGCUCUGGCAAAGGAUGUGGGCAAGAAGGAGACAAAGGAGACUACUGCUAAACCGAAACUGCCUCAGACACUCUCCAGAGGCUGGGGAGACCAGCUCAUCUGGACGCAGACGUAUGAGGAAGCCCUCUUCCGCUCCAAGCACAGCAACAAACCCCUGAUGAUUAUCCACCACUUGGACGACUGCCCGCACAGCCAAGCACUCAAGAAGGCCUUCGCUGAAAAUAAAGAUAUACAGAAAUUGGCUGAAAAAUUCAUUCUUCUCAACCUUGUGUAUGAAACCACAGACAAGAAUCUGUCACCUGAUGGCCAGUAUGUCCCUCGGAUUUUGUUCAUAGAUCCUUCCCUGACUGUAAGAGCAGAUAUUACCGGAAGAUACUCAAACCGUCUCUAUGCAUAUGAGCCCUCUGAUGCUUCAUUGCUGUAUUCAAAUAUGCAGAAAGCGCUGAAACUCCUGAAGACUGAACUGUAA